GAUUUAUGUCUUGGGCCUUUCACUUUUCUUUGACGGCACUCGAUUCGCGUGCGAUGUCUUGGCUACAACUCUUAUAGAUUCCAAUCAGCGUAGACUAUGCGUCGCCCUAUUGCCCAGGUUUAAACUGGCCGUUUGGGCUGAGUUGGGCUGAAUGAGUUUGGCACACACAGCCCGAUUGCUGCCGCUGGCCUGUCUAAUGCAUUGCUUGGCACUUUUCACGUUGCCAUACACUCACACACACACCUGCACACUCACCUGGCACUAGCUCACAUGUGCUCCUGUGUUUGAUCGAUAUAAACGCGCGCAGUUGGCAUUGCGGUUUUGCCCAGGAUUCACACAGUUAAAUUUGCGUCAUGGCAGUCUUUAACUUUUUGGCAGCGCAAACUUCGCGUAACUCGCAUUAAAAAGAAGCAGAAAGAAAAAACUGGGCAACGGCGUUGUCAAAGUUGAAGACCUAAUUGCCCUGCCGCUUGUUGCAGCAGACACACACAUAAAUAACACCAAGACACAACUAGACGGAAACUAGUUCACGGGGCUAAUCGAUAAAUAAACUAAAAAAUCGUUUGGGGAGAAACAGAGCGUACGUGUGUUUAAGUUAUGACAGCCACUGUCGCACUGUUGGCGUGCCGUAUAACAUAGUAUAUUUGGAGUCCAUAGCAUGUCCAAGCGCAGAUUAGGCAGCGUACGCCCACCGAAGCGUUGCAGAAGCGACAUGGACAAUAUCUCGACCUCGGACAUUGUCAUCAUCAAUGGCAACUCGCAUCCGGAUCUGGCGAAUUCGGUGGCUGAGCGCAUGGGUAUCAAGAACGGCGGCUGCUCGGUGUUUCACAAAUCGAAUCGCGAGACCAUCGUUGAGAUAAGCGACUCGGUGCGCGGCAAGGAUAUUUACAUUAUACAAACAGGCACCAAGGAUGCCAACAACAAUAUCAUGGAGCUGCUCAUUAUGGCCUAUGCCUGCAAGACAUCCUCGGCUCGCUCUAUUGUCGGUGUCAUACCCUAUUUGCCGUACUCGAAACAGUGCAAGAUGCGCAAACGCGGCUGCAUUGUGUCCAAACUGCUGGCCAAAAUGAUGUGCACCUCAGGACUCACGCACAUCAUAACCAUGGAUCUGCAUCAGAAGGAAAUUCAAGGCUUCUUCGAUAUACCCGUUGAUAAUUUGCGCGCCUCGCCCUUUUUGCUGCAGUACAUACAGGAGAGCAUACCCGACUACCGCAACUCGGUGAUUGUGGCACGCAAUCCGGGAGUUGCCAAAAAGGCUAAUUCGUAUGCGGAACGGUUGCGCCUCGGCUUGGCUGUCAUACACGGCGAACAGAAGGAGGCUGAGAGCGAUGAAGUCGACGGCAGAUACUCGCCACCGCCCACCAGGGCGUAUUGCAAUAUAUUAGGAAAUUCUGUUGAAAUGUGCAUACCAACGGCGUCUAGUAGCCGCCAGCGCACCACCUCCGUAUCGGUGGGUGUGCCGGAGCAUCCGGUCAAAGUCAAGCCGCCGCUCACAAUUGUGGGCGAUGUGAAUGGACGCAUUGCCAUUAUGGUGGACGAUCUGAUCGAUGAUGUGCAAGCAUUUGUGGCCGCCGCCGAAAUGCUAAAGGAUAAUGGUGCCUGCAAAAUAUACGUGCUGGCCACGCACGGUCUGCUCAGCUCGGAUGCCCCGCGUCUGCUCGAGGAGUCGGUCAUAGAUGAGAUCGUUGUCACCAAUACCAUUCCACAUGAGGUACAGAAGUUGCAAUGCAACAAGAUAAAGACUAUUGAUAUAUCGAUACUGAUCGCUGAGGCCAUACGCCGCAUACACAACAAGGAGUCAAUGUCGUAUCUGUUUCGUAAUGUAACGCUAGAGGAUUAAGGAUGCGUCUGCUCGCACCUACAUGCACACUCAUCGACACACACACCCACUCUCACACACACAUCACUCAUGUACUGUGUCACAAAUGGUCGCUAGCCAGUGUAGUAGCUUCAUGGAAGUUGCAUCUUCUUUAUAUUGUUUGUUUACCCCGCCCUACCCCGCUUUAAUUUUAUUAAACAGAAACUAUUAUAAACCGCCCUCUACGUGCGGCUGCUCAAAUAAAACGAAAUAUGCUUUAAAA